CGGCCAAAGAUUCAGUCAGGUGCGAAGCACCGAGCGAUACGGACGUGUUCGUCUUCUGAGAGUAAAAGAAUUGCCCAAAAAAACUUAGAUAUCUGUAUAAAAAAGAUCCGUUCAAUACCGAAGAUCAGCUCAACGAAAGUGACAUUUUUUGAAGUGACUAAAGAACAAAAAUUAUAAACAAAUUGAGCCAGUGCAGAAACAGUGUCCCCAAAAAUGAAUCAUUUGUCGCCGCCGCCAUCGCCGCACUCGCAGCAGCCCAGUCCAGCAGGCUACUCCGGACCAGCCCUGGACAAGCAGUGGAUGCAACGGGCGUCCGCCUUCAACACUGUGAUUGCCUCGGCAGCAGCCCAGAAGCUGAACGGAAGAGAUCUGCCCUUUCUCUAUAACCCAUUGCUGUACUCCAGUGCCCUGUUGUGGCCGCAGUUCCUGCUGUCAUCCGCCACAGCCUUGGGGACACCUCUGACACCCAUGACUCCUAAGUCCCCUGCCUCCAUAGUGUUGGGUCAGCGUGAUCGGGACUACGCUCUGACCCCAGAGAAGGAGCAGGAAAUGCAGCACACAACCAACAUCAACAACAACAACAACAACAUCAACAACAACAGCAGCAACAGCAGCAACAACAACUACAACAACAAGAAACAGAUGUUGGAGGAGCUGGACGAGGACAUGCCACUGAACCUGAGCACCAAGGAGCGGAGCAAGGCGGACCAGUCGGAGCAGGAGCACUACCACCGGCAUCUACACCACAACAGCAGCAGCAACAGCAGCAGGAGCAGCACCAGCGGUGGCAGCCUUAGCGAUGCGGAAGCAGUGCAUCCCAUGGGCGCCCUGAAUGUCACACCGCCACCCCUGAGGGCGGUCAAUCUGAAGACUACGGGAACCCCGCAGCAGCAGAGACAGAGAUCGCAGGGAAACAUCAUCUGGUCGCCAGCCUCGAUGUGCGAGAGAUCCGCCAGAAGGGAGCAGCAGAGCGAGUACAACGAGGAGGAUGAGCCCCAGGUGGAUCCCAUUGUGAGGAAGUUCAAGUACGAGCGACGGUCGGCUGCCUCUGUCUCCUCCCUGCAGUCGCCGAUCUCCUCGCUAUCCGCACCCCAGGCCACCAAGGCUGUCCAGGACAUGGACUUCGAGGUGGCCCAACAGCAGCUGUACGCCCAUCGCAGCGCCUUCAUGGCCGGUCUCACGGGCAACAAUCUUGAGCUGCUCACCCAGCACCUAAAGUCCCAGCAGCAGCAGCAGCAGCAGCAGCAGCAGCAACACAUCAAGGAUGAGGCAGCCAGCGAGCAGCAGGAUAACCAUUCGGCAGCGGCGCUUAUGGGCCUGGUGGCAGCCGCCGAAUUCGGUUAUAUGCGUAAUCAACACCAACAACAACAGCAGCAGCAGCCCCAUCAGCAGCAGCAGCAGCAGCAACAGUUGCAACAUCAUCAGCAUCAGCAGCAGCAGCAGCAGCAGCAACAUCCUGAUUCGACCGCCACAGAUGUUGCGCGCCGAUCCUCCUCCUCGUCCUCAUACCAGGGCGAGUGCGAGGAGAAGCGCAGCGGCAGAAAUUUCCAGUGCAAACAGUGUGGCAAGUCGUUCAAGCGUUCGUCCACCCUCUCGACACAUCUGCUCAUCCAUAGCGAUACCCGGCCAUAUCCCUGCCAGUACUGCGGCAAGCGGUUCCACCAGAAGUCCGACAUGAAGAAGCACACAUACAUCCACACAGGCGAGAAGCCGCACAAGUGCACGGUGUGCCUGAAAGCCUUCAGCCAGAGCUCGAACCUGAUCACGCACAUGCGUAAGCACACGGGCUACAAGCCUUUCGGCUGUGGCCUCUGCGAUCAGUCCUUCCAGCGGAAGGUGGACCUGCGGCGGCAUCGGGAGAGCCGCCACGAGGAGGCACCCGUCGAGGAUCUGAGGCCACCCACGCUGCUCAAAAUGGAGGUCAGCAGCAGCAGCUGUUGACAGGCAACAGCUCGUACUCGUAAACCACCAGCAACCGAGCUCCCUCGGGGAUCGGAUCCCAGUAUUAGCUGAGCGCGUCCAGGAAGAAGGUGGAGGAAGCAGGAGGUGGCGGGGGCGGUGGCGGUUGCGGUGGCCCCGUCUAAGUCGCUGCUAGGAAGCCAAAGUUUGUUUUGUCUUGGCCUUCGCACAGAUGAACCACAAAAGAGAUCUAUUGUUAGGGGAUGUUAAGAUAUCCCAUUUGUUAGCUAAGAAACUUGCUCAAUUCUAGCCCUAAGCCCCCCAAGUCCCUCUCUGUAAAUAGCAGACCAAACAAGACUUAAUCUUACAAACCAUAUGUAUGUUACACUCUAGAAUAAUUAAUUAAUUUAAUUUAUUCCAUUAGCGUUUUUUUUAUUUGGUUUAAACUUAACCCCAAAUUGGCAGCUAAACGUACCAAAGAACAACCAACAAGAAAUUUCCAACCAACUUGGCAAAGAGCUUGAGCCCUUGAACAGAGAACUUGUCCAAAUUUUUAUUAAAUCCUAAUUUAUUUAAGUUGAUUGCACACCCCACCUUACCCCACCCCAAUUAUUUAUACGAAUUACGUGGUGAAUCUUUUAGUUUAUUCUAAUUUUAUAAUUUAUCCAAUGAUUUUUGUAACUAUUUGUAACAUUAUAAUAAUAGUUUAGAUAACA